GUUGACGCUGUUUCAUUUCAACAAUACAUGAUAAUGCAACCCGAUAGUGAUACAAUUUCCCUGUGGUCAAAGCACGCAUAAUCAAAAUAUGUAAAACAUUACUGGACAUAAUGCCGACGACUCACUGUAAAACAAGCAGCCAUUACAUUUCCCAUCUUUGCUACGACGGCCAUGCGGAAUAUGAAAUAUCCCAGGGACAAAAUGACACACAGAGGCAGAGUAACAUGGAACAAACAUUUGAUCUGCUGAGGGUUUUCUCUGGCUGGAGUGCAACAUCCACCGAGGUCAGGCUUCUUAAUGACCGAACUCAGAGUCCUGCACUGACGAGACUUGACGAGCACACACAGGACUCUAAGCUGCAUCACUGGACCAGAGUUGAGCAUCUGUACGUCUACAGAGUCUCACUGGGCGACGAUAACCCUGAGCACAGAGCUUUUCCUGGAGCAUCUUCUCACUGAACUGAGCACGAUAACUUCAAUGUUGCCGGACAUUCCAGUGUUUCUUGAAACUAGCAACAACUUCAAAAUGCUAGCCAUCUUCGAGAGAUGGGACGAGACGUCUGGCCAUCAUAUAGACAACACUGGGAAGAGCCUGUUACUUAUGCUUUCCAAGUUUGGAAUGGACACAGUGGUCUUUCUCCUAUGCUCCGGGAAGCUGUAUACCUCCUUCUUAAACAUGUGCAGCCUGUCCAUCGUCCUCGGUGACCUGACGAUGGUGCUCUACAUGACAGCUGCGUGGUUACUCGGGCCUGAGAGUUCUCCUGUGUCACUUUGCUACUUUUUGGCUCACAUCUCAGCAGCAUUUAAAGCACUGCCCAUGCCCAUGAUUGCCAUGGGUAUAAUUGACUACUCGAUUGAAGACACCCACCUGGCCAAUAAGAGCACCUUUUGCAAAUUCCUCAGGAACGUGGUGCUGACAUUGCUGGUGUGGAUGCUUGCUGUUGUUUACGCCGUUGCUUCUACAAAAACUGAGCUGAUGCAACUGGUUUAUGCGACAGGGAUAAAGGCUUUGGCGUGUGAAGUAAAGGAGUCCACAUUUAUGACCUACUUCAUUUUGGGGCUUUUCUCUGCAGUAAUUUUGAUGAUGCUGCCCUUUUCAACAAGCAUUCCCAUGUGGGUGAGGGAGGCUGACAGGUUGUCUAAAUCGAGGGAAGAACCAGAGAACCAGAGGAGCGACUUGUUCACUUCAACCCCAUCCACAGAGACAAAAAGCAGUAAGGAAAAUGAUCUGGGGGAGAGCAACUGGCUACGGCCGCCUCUGUCGCUCAGUCUAACUCUGGGCUUUGCUUUAGUUUGGAUGCCUUUUCUCACAGUGUCUGCAGCUUGUCUGGCCUUUGGCUUUGUAGUGCCUGCCUACAUCAGUGUUAACCUAUUUUGGCUCGAGUGCACCAAAAGCUUACUGCUGGGAGUGGUGUUCUGGGUAAAGAGCAAGUCACUUGGGCCAUACAGCAAUCUACCUAACAAUGUAUGCGUAUGGCAUGUUUUCUGGCAUUUGAGUAAAGGAACAUGGCAGCAGCAGCUCCCUACAGGUGUGUUUAAUCCAUCAAAAGGGAAGACAAACCCUUUUUUCUACAUCUGACAUUAAAUGUUCCACAAUAAACUUUUUACAUCACAGAACUGACAGCAGAAGUGAAAACCAUGAGAUAUGGAAGCUAAUUAAGACUUGUCUGUGUACAACUACAAAUUGUUUGCAUAUGUGAGUGUGGUGAUAAUGAAAACUCCAUUUACCAUAUAUAGAGAUAGAUAAUUAACCCUGCCAUGAUUUAGGACCUACACUGCAGCCGGCCACCUUAAAAGCUUUUGGAAAGCAGUGUGGUCAUCCAACUUUUUAGCACCUGGACGAGUUUCCCGAAUUAAGCAUGAAAUGAGUGUAGUUGACAAAAUAAACUUUUGAGGAGCAAACAUUUGUAAAUAUUUACAAAAAUCACUAUAAAUUUUAUAUUCUCUAACUUUUUAUAUGUUUAUAUGUUUGCACAGCUCUAAAGCUGAUUUAUUAUCUAAAGGUGAUUUUAUACUUUUAGGGAAAUGUUAUGUUAAUGAUAUGUUAUGAUGACCUCCUUAAACUGGCGUGUCUAAAUAAAAACAUUCUGAAACACA